AGCAUCGAAUAUGGCUGUGAGGUAGAGAAGUGUGGCUCACUUUUUGGCUGUUUUUGUCUUCGCGUUUGGUUUUAAUUGAGUUUCUUGUAAUUUUGGGAGUACUGAAGAAUCCUUUAGGAUGCCUUGGUGAUAUAUUUUCCCGUUUAUUCGCAACGAAAAUGGACUAUUUUUCGUCCGUUCGAAGUGCCUUCGCUGGCUCUGCAAAUUUGCAGUACGUGACGAAAAUAUCAUUGUGAACUGGCGUCGAAAUUCGACGAUUUCUAGGUCUUUCAAUGGAUCUUUAUAUACAUACACUAACUGGGACAGCGUUUGAGCUGAGAGUUAGUCCUUUCGAAACAAUCAUGAGCAUUAAAGCAAAGAUUCAGCGUCUGGAAGGGAUUCCUAUUUCACAGCAACACCUAAUCUGGAGAUCUGUGGAACUAAUCGAUGACUUUUGUCUUCAUGAUUAUAACAUCUGUGAUGGGGCUACUUUACAACUUGUUCUUGCUAUGCGAGGAGGGCCCAUUAAUACACGUCGAGUUCCUAUGGAAGACCCUAGUUUACAGGAGAUGGCAGAAUAUAUGGAAGCCAACCAGGAUGAAAUAUGGGAUCGGCUGCCCAAAGAUAAUCGUCAAGUGACCUUACUAGUGUUCCGAGAUGGCGAUCAGUUGAAUUUCUUCAGGGUUGUUGAUAGAGGUGAUGGCACCCUCACUCCAUUAUCUGACUCUUUAAGUGGUGCAUCCAUGUACAAUUUAUAUGAUGAAGAAGACGACGACUCACAGAAACCUGUUUCCCAGGAAACAAUGAAAGAAAACAAAGUAACAAUGAAUAAAAUGAAACUGUUAAGACACAAGCUACAGUCUCAAAAGGUUAACAAGCCUGAUUUAACUCCACACCCACCACCAGCAGUUGAUAAACCUAAAACYGGUGUGGCUAGUGCUCGGCGAAGAUUACAUCUCUCAGAGGCAACACACAAAAGGACAAAUCCAAAUGCCUUGAAUGCAAAAAAGACAGACAAGUCACAUUCAAAGCCUCGACCUCCCCUCCCCCCUGCCMCAUUAGAAGCUAAUGAAGCCAAGACAGAGGGAGAAACCACAAAGGGAAAAGGACCUCUACCGCCAGUCAACACYAAAAAAGGCAAACAAAUYGAUGUAUCUGACUUUUUUGUCAGUUCUCAAGAACCCAAAGUUUCAUCAUUUAAUAGAUCUCUAACAAGAAGUGCUUUUAAAGAUGGCCGAAGGAGCAUCUCUGAACUAGUAAAAGAUGCAAAAGAAAUUAAACCACUUGGGAGYAUAUCAAAACCCAAAAAUACUAAUACAAAAACUAAUAGAACUUCAUGUUCUCCAUAUGGGGAUUCUGUGGACUAUAGUAUACCAGGAAGUCCUCAUAUACGGCGGUCUAAAGGAAGCUCUAAGGAGCAUAGAACUUCUAGUCCUCAUUAUAAGGACAAUUUAGAAUACUUGUCUGGUAGCAGUAGUUUACGGAGAUCUAGAAUACCUGAGGAAUAUUUACAGGGGAAUUAUAGAGGUGAUAUAUCAUCUGGUAGUGCUGGUAUUACAAGGUUAAAAGAGAGUGAAACGCCUGAUGUUCAUUACCAUGGCAUGAGGAUUGGUUCAAGCAGUUACAAAAAUCGACACAACCAUGAAGCAGUUGCACCACCUCACCACCUCCCCCCUGUCAAAACACAUCCUCCACAACUUGUUCAAAGUAAAAAGAAGACACGGUGCUUCUUCUGUAGUAAAAAGACAGGACURGCAACAACAUUUCAAUGCAGAUGUGGCAAUACUUUCUGUGCAACCCAUCGUUAUGCAGAAGUCCAUGGUUGUACCUAYGACUACAARAGCGAAGGRCGUAAACUAAUUGAACAAAAUAAUCCUGUAGUGGCUGCUCCUAAGCUGCCCAAAAUCUGAUAAAUUAUUUGUAUACAAUGUACAGCAAUGGUGUAAAUUGAUGUUGUGUGUAUUAUAGUUCUUAUUUAUGUUGGUUUUUUAUGAUUGUGGGAAAGCUUUGAAUUUUAUCUUUUCUAUGGCCACUAGGUAAUAAUUUAAGUAUGACUAGUACUCAAAGUGACUUCUGGAAAUUGGUUGACAAUUAGCAGGACUCAUAGAAUUCCUUCUUUAUCAACUAAAUCUACUUGUUUUUAAUUAGUUCCUGUUAAUUUAUACAAUUGUUGCCCAAUUUCASUGUGACUGGGGGAACAUAAUCAGGACAAUUCUGAUUAGUUCAUGCCAAAAAACGGAUGCCAGAAAAGUUAUGAAAAGUUAUUUUUUACUAACUGCACAGUGAAGUUGGGAAAUAUUUAUGUAAAGAUAACCAAGACAUCUCUGAUAGUUGACGAGAUUCUAUGAUUUGACUACUUUUUAUCAGCUCUCAACAAAGAGAUGAUAAUUUACAAGUUACUUGCUAUGGUUAGCAUUAUUUUUUGCUCUAGGACUAUUGUCAAAUUAUAAAUAUUUCAAUGAAUGACUAUCAAACGAUUUUAUGGAAAAUAACUUAUUAGGGUACAUUAAAAACGUUUUUUAUAUAAAUUGGGAAAUUACUGUGAAUAUAUGGUAUAAAUUGUAUGGAAUUCUACAAAUUAGGUCAAGUUUCAUCAUACAUUGUAUUAUUAAUCUUUUAUUAAUUGUUUAUUACUGUUUCAGUAGGUGUGCAGUCAUACUAUGUAAAAUAGACUGAUUUCAUAUUUUUACCUAAUAAAUAAAAUAUAUAGAUGACCAAG